AACCACUAUAGCUACCAUAAUGGGCUGAUGAACCGUUGCCACGGUUGCGACGAGAUCGAGGCCAUACUGACCUGCGCGACCGGGAUCACUGUACCGUACCGUACCACCACUCAGCUCAGUGGUGUUUACGCUCAGCCGUGAAGCUUUGAAGCUUGAAGCCUAGGCAUCGCGGCGUGCCAAGAACAUACCCGAGGUCCGAGCAGUUCCACGCACAUCCGAGCCGAGAUAACGUUGCUGAUCUAGAGGAGCGUUGAUCUACAACGCAUUUGGACCCGGCCAAACCCUUCGACUCACGCGCCUUCAAAUUUGCACCAUCGCCUCAUCAUGGUCCUUUACUGCGCGAUGUGUCCGAACAUCGCCACGAAGAGAUGCGAUGGGUGUCAACUAUCGGGCGUCAACUACUGCAGCAAAGACUGUCAGGGGAAAGAUUGGCCUGAACACAAAUUCGAAUGCAAGUCGAUGUCUUCGUCCCACUUUGACACAGCCGACCAGCUAGUGCGGGCCGCCCACCGCGGCCACAUGCCUCACGACACCGACACCCUCCACGAGUACGGCUUCGUGCGUGCUACCAAGGCUGGUACCUUACAUGAACUUUUCGACUUCUGGGUCGAAGUCAUCGUCACGUUGGAGAUCCCUGCGAGGUCACUUCGUGUAUGGAGGCGGAAUUGGGUCUUGUGCCAGGAGAUCAAGUUGGCAUACGCGAAUUCGGGUCGCGUCAGCACGAGUCAAGCCUUUGAGUGGUUUCAAGCGAACCAAUGGAUCGUCGAACAGUGCUUGCCCAUCCCGCGGCGUUUUGAAGAUGAACAGGAUGCCGACGUCGCGCGUGUCUGUCAAUACACCGGGCUCCCACAUCCUAGAGAUCCCAACCUACGCGAAAUCAGAGCGGCGUUGCCGAACUCGCAGGCAAUAUGCUACGAUCUAUGCCAGGGCAUCUUCUGUCAUAUCUCGAUUUUCCCUCCCACGCACCUCUGGAUCCUCUUCGGAUUCGGCGUCUGCAAAAGUGACUCCGAGGAAAGGACGCUCGAAGAGAUCUACAAGCGUCUUUUUCAACUACACCCAUUCGAAGAAAUAUGGCGCGCCUACGACACCGGCGUGCUGGGAGACCUCAUCGAGCCACUGCUGUCAGCUUACGAGCCUGGGUGGGGCAGACGCAGGGAGCUGCUGUACGUUCUGGAAGCCCCUCGCUUUCCUGGCUACAAUUGGGAGCUGGUUUGGCGGCUCAAAGCAGCGGUCUUGAUCGAGGAGCCGUACCUUAUCAACCAGCCGGGUCAUCCCCUGCGGAUAUUCUACGGUUUCGGCAAUGCAGAGUCCAUGGACGACGUCAGGGAGCUCAAACGAUUGUACAGGCGGUUAUUUCGGGAUGACAAUGUCAUACCGACGGAAUUGCACAGGGCGGCCGUCAAAUGGGAACUCUACCGUUUUGUCGACUCCAUCCUUGGGUUCGAGAGAAGAGAACAGAGACUAUUUCGGCGGCUGCUCAGGCGGUACGACUAUAUUUUCGGCGAAUCCGACUGCCCGCCGCCGCCGGCCUUCAUUGCACCUCCUUAGCAGUUAGAACGCGUCUUUGCGUGACUGUGGCUAUACUACUCCGUCUUUUGUCACUUGCUGGGCGGCAGUGGGCCUCAAUCCCGGUACUACUAAUAGUAGUAGUAGAGAGGACGAUGCCAAGGAUGUUUUCGGACCCUUUCGUUCUCGUUGGAUUGUCGCACUCUUCAAUCUGGUGCACGGUAUCAGAUAAUAGGGCUGAUCAGCUUCACGCACACUCGCAGUGCUGAGUGAAGCGUCGGACCGCGAUCAUUAGUAGAUGACGACCGGCCGCGAAGUUAUAUCUCAGAAGGGGUUGCUUUUUAAAUUUAGGGUGUACAGGCGCGCGAGCCUUAGCGUCGCGGUGAUCACUAGUAGUAAACGUGCUUCAUUACUACCAUUCAGGCGUCCACUCAGUAC